UCCGGAGGGAGAGGGCGCGGCGGGCGGCUUCCUGGCGGUGGUGUCCCGCCCCGGGGGCGGAGCGGCGGGAGCCCGGGAGGCGGCGAGCGACUGGGCCGCGGAGCAGCGGGCGGCAGCGGCGGGCAAGAUGAAUUUACAACUGCCUCUCUGGAUCGGACUGCUCUGCUCUGUUUGCUCUGUGCUCGGCCAAACAGAUGAAAACAGAUGUUUGAAAGCAAAUGCCAAGUCCUGCGGAGAAUGUAUACAGGCAGGGCCCAACUGUGGGUGGUGUACGAAUUCGACGUUUUUGCAAGAAGGCAUGCCCACAUCUGCUCGGUGUGAUGAUCUGGAAGCCUUGAAGAAGAAGGGCUGUCAUCCCAACGACAUAGAAAACCCCAGGGGCUCAAAAGCCAUUAAGAAGAAUAAAAACGUGACCAACCGGAGCAAAGGGACGGCGGAGAAGCUGCAGCCCGAGGACAUCACCCAGAUCCAGCCUCAGCAGCUUGUUCUGCAACUGCGGUCAGGGGAGCCCCAGACGUUCACGUUAAAAUUCAAGCGGGCUGAAGACUACCCCAUAGACCUGUACUACCUGAUGGACCUCUCCUACUCCAUGAAAGACGACUUGGAGAACGUGAAGAAUCUUGGCACACAUCUGAUGAGAGAGAUGAAGAGGAUCACGUCUGACUUCCGAAUCGGCUUUGGCUCCUUUGUGGAGAAGACGGUGAUGCCUUACAUCAGCACGACGCCGGCCAAGCUCAGGAACCCCUGCACCAGCGAGCAGAACUGCACCAGCCCAUUCAGCUACAAGAACGUGCUCAGCCUCACGGACCGGGGCGAGGAGUUCAAUGAGCUGGUGGGCAAGCAGCGCAUUUCUGGGAACCUGGACUCCCCGGAGGGCGGCUUUGAUGCCAUCAUGCAGGUGGCCGUGUGCGGGUCUCUGAUCGGCUGGAGGAACGUGACUCGGCUGCUGGUAUUCUCCACGGACGCCGGCUUCCACUUUGCCGGGGACGGGAAGCUGGGCGGCAUCGUGCUGCCCAACGAUGGGCAGUGUCACCUGGAAAACGACAUCUACACCAUGAGCCACUAUUAUGAUUACCCGUCCAUCGCUCACCUCGUCCAGAAACUGAGUGAAAAUAACAUCCAGUCGAUUUUCGCAGUCACUGAAGAGUUCCAGCCCGUGUACAAGGAACUGAAAAACCUGAUCCCUAAGUCAGCCGUCGGGACCUUAUCUGCCAAUUCCAGCAACGUCAUCCAGCUGAUCAUUGAUGCGUACAACUCCCUUUCCUCAGAAGUCAUCUUGGAAAACAGCAAAUUGCCAGCAGGCGUCACAAUAAACUACAAAUCUUACUGCAAGAAUGGAGUGAAUGGGACAGGAGAGAACGGGAGGAAGUGUUCCAACAUUUCCAUCGGAGAUGAGGUGCAGUUUGAAAUUAGCAUAACGUCAAAUAAAUGCCCGACUAAGGAAUCUGAAACCAUUAAAAUCAAACCUCUGGGCUUCACGGAAGAAGUGGAGAUCGUCCUUCAGUUCAUCUGCAGGUGUGAGUGUCAGAGCGAAGGCAUCCCCAGCAGCCCCAAGUGCCAUGAGGGGAACGGAACCUUCGAGUGUGGGGCUUGCAGGUGCAACGAGGGCCGGGUGGGCAGGCAGUGUGAGUGCAGCACGGACGAGGUCAACAGCGAGGACAUGGACGCCUACUGUCGCAAGGAGAACAGCUCCGAGAUCUGCAGCAACAACGGCGAGUGUGUGUGCGGCCAGUGUGUGUGCCGCAAGCGCGACAACACCAACGAGAUCUACUCCGGCAAGUUCUGCGAGUGCGACAACUUCAACUGCGACCGCUCCAACGGCCUCAUCUGUGGAGGGAACGGCGUCUGCAAGUGCCGCGUGUGCGAGUGUAACCCCAACUACACGGGCAGUGCCUGCGACUGCUCCCUGGACACGGCCUCCUGCAUGGCCACCAACGGGCAGAUCUGCAAUGGCCGGGGCGUGUGCGAGUGCGGGGCCUGCAAGUGCACGGACCCCAAAUUCCAGGGCCCUACCUGCGAGAUGUGCCAGACCUGCCUGGGCGUCUGCGCCGAGCACAAAGAAUGUGUCCAGUGCCGCGCCUUUAACAAAGGGGAGAAGAAGGACACCUGUGCCCAGGAGUGUUCCCACUUCAACAUCACCAAGGUGGAGAGCCGGGACAAGCUGCCCCAGCCCGGCCAGGUCAGCCCCAUCUCCCACUGCAAGGAGAAAGACGUUGACGACUGCUGGUUCUACUUCACGUACUCUGUGAGCGGGAACAACGACGCCAUCGUCCACGUGGUGGAGACGCCAGAGUGCCCCACCGGCCCCGACAUCAUUCCGAUCGUAGCUGGUGUGGUUGCUGGAAUUGUUCUUAUUGGUCUUGCACUGCUGCUGAUUUGGAAGCUUUUAAUGAUCAUUCAUGACAGAAGGGAAUUUGCCAAAUUUGAAAAGGAAAAAAUGAAUGCCAAGUGGGACACGCAAGAAAAUCCGAUUUACAGGAGUCCUAUUAAUAAUUUCAAGAAUCCAAACUAUGGACGUAAAGCUGGUCUCUGAGUUGCCGGUGAGAAUCCCAUUUAUAAGAGUGCUGUGACGACCGUUGUCAACCCGAAGUACGAGGGGAAGUGAGUCCCUCCUGCGCGGGUCCCCCAGCACUGAUGCGGACCCGCGACGCCCAGUCACGGCCAGGAAGCUCAGGACGGCCUCGCCGUGGCGUGACUCACUGCGCAGGUCCUGAAGAUGUAUAAUAUGUGUAAUGAACACGUUUUUGACUGUCUUGAAAAUAAUGUUAGGAUCAAUGCCAGGGACUGACACAGACUUGAGAUGAUGGCUCUCCUUGCCAACUGAGCUUGCACCGUGCCUUCUUGACCUUUUUCUCCUAGACUGUUAGAAAUCAAGAGACUAUUCAACUUUAACUGAUUGGAGGUAUAGCAGUGAAGAAGGGGGUGAGGAAGAGGGUAAGAGUUUCCACUGGUCCAGUGUUAAAACUGAUUUUUACAGAUAUGUCACUUUUCCGUUCCUAGAUGUCCUGCUAGUUGGCUUCGAGUUUUGACAUUUGUCAUCUGCCUGCUAGGCAGGGCUGGUGGCGUAUCUGAAAGAUGCCAGUGUUGGGAAUUCCUGCCGUCAUCCUUUUUGGACUCCUGCAAAGGCCGUGGGGCAGAGAGAGUUAGGAGGGAAAGCAAAGCUUUACGACCGGGGUGCCAUUUUUAGACUUACCCCAGAGUGACUGUUAUGCCUCUCUAAUGGAAGCCUGUAGUACACGGAUUCGGAAAAUAAAUGCCCCCCCCAAAAAAAAAAUAAGAAAAGAAAAUCUGCGCUUUAGGAUUAUCUGCAUAAAGGCCUUAAUUUAUGUGGUCACUUGCUGAAUCGGGGCCUCUGGGUUGACUUUUGUUUCAUUCAUUUUAUUUUGUUUAAAGCCUGGUGCUUUUUCUGACUUCUACUCUCCCAGUGUGUCUGCAGCUGAGGGGAGGCUUUCCUAGUGGAACCUUUUCUCUGCUGCCGUAGCUGUAAAUCUGCCUUUCUGGGUAGGCGCAUGGGCUUGUGCUGGGCUUGUGCUGGGCUUGUGCGACAGCGGUCAGGCCACAGCCAGCGGCUCUGGGUCAGGGCUAUAACAACGCUGUUUCCUUCACUGAGCUGCCUGGUCUGUUUUUCACUAGUCACAUUCUUGUUUUAAGUGCCUUUUUAUGUUAACAGUUCACUUUUUACGAUCUAUUUACUUAAGAUAUUUAUUAAAUAAAAUGCCUAAAAUAUUUAA